UCUGACCUGGACACAUCACAAGGAAAAUAAUCAUACCAUUUGGACCACUUCUUAGAUCACAAAUGCUUUGAGCCAACUGAAAUUUUAGACAACAGAGACCAUUUGAAUACAUUGUUAUUUUAACAUCAGUUGGAGGAAUGAACGAUAUUGACAACAUGACUUUCGACUACAGCCAAGAUGACUACGAGGAGUCUGCAAAUAACUCAAUGUGUGACUAUGAUGAUUGGGAACCUUCAUAUUCUUUGAUUCCCGUGCUCUACAUGCUUAUCUUCAUCCUGGGCCUCACUGGCAAUGGUGUGGUCAUCUUCACCGUAUGGCGGGCCCAGUCCAAGCGGAGAGCUGCUGACGUCUAUAUUGGAAACCUGGCUCUUGCUGACCUGACCUUUGUUGUGACACUGCCCCUUUGGGCCGUCUACACCGCCCUGGGCUACCACUGGCCAUUUGGCGUGGCCCUCUGCAAGAUCAGCAGCUAUGUGGUGUUGCUCAACAUGUAUGCCAGUGUCUUCUGUCUCACCUGUCUGAGCCUGGACCGCUACAUGGCCAUCGUUCACUCCCUAACCAGCACACAGCUGCGUACCAGAGGACACAUGCGGGCAUCGCUGGCUGCAAUCUGGUUUCUCUCAGGAGUGUUGGCUUCACCCACCCUGCUGUUCCGUACUACGGUGUACGACACCGAAACCAACCGCACGUCCUGCGCCAUGGACUUCAGCCUGGUGAUGAGAAAACCGGGCCAGGAGGCAUUUUGGAUUGCGGGCCUCAGCAUCUCCUCCACGGCUCUAGGCUUCCUGAUCCCCCUUCUGGCCAUGAUGGUGUGCUACGGAUUCAUCGGAUGCACCGUGACACGUCACUUCAACAGCCUUCGCAAGGAGGAUCAGCGCAAGCGUCGCCUGCUGAAGAUCAUUACCACGUUGGUGGUGGUAUUUGCCGCCUGCUGGAUGCCCUUCCAUGUUGUGAAGACUAUGGAUGCCCUCUCGUACCUGAAUAUGGCACCUGACUCCUGCACCUUCCUGAAUCUUCUACUGUUGGCCCAUCCCUACGCAACUUGUCUGGCCUAUGUCAACAGCUGCCUUAACCCACUCCUCUACGCCUUUUUUGAUCUUCGCUUCCGGUCCCAGUGCCUCUGCCUCCUCAACCUGAAGAAAGCACUGCACGCCAGUCCAGCCAGCUCCCUUUCUUCGCAGAAAACUGAAGCCCAGUCACUGGCUACAAAGGUGUGAGGAGAUGUGUGGAAGGGUAACAGAACUGGGGGGUGAACAAGUCGGCAAUUACCCACAAAAUGUAAAAUCCUUCACUUGAACUCAAAGGUAAAUCAGUUGUUGUUGGGGACAGACAGACUUUCCAUUUGUAUCUGACUGUGGGAACUUGAGAAACCAGCUUCCUCUGUCCCGUGACUACAUGGUGGUACUCUAUGUACUGAGAGCAACUAAAGUAGACUUUAGACCCUGUUCUGGUUCUAAGGAACUGAUGCAGCCAGUUUGUCCUGAACUCUGAGACCAGAAGCAGACUUUCAGAGAUCCAGAGAGCAGAUCCCCUUCUGACAGCUGCACUCCAGACGUGUGGAGUUGAAUGUAUAGGGUUUUUGCUGCACUCCGCCUCUGCACAUCAUGCGGGUGCAUAUUGCUGCCUUUGGAGAUUGAGGUUAAUAGACUUUGCUGUUAGUUGGAGCUGCAGGGGAGGCAGUGGGUGGUCCACGGAGAGGUUUUGAGAGCAAUUUAUGGACUCUUUACUUUUGACACUGCCUCAGUGUAUUUAACCAUGUUUUUUUUUUCUUUUUUCUGAUUGGAUUAUUUUUUGUCCUUUAAGCACUUGUUCAUAAGGGGCAGAGAUAAGAACCCUGUUGGCCAGUCGGUCUUAUCCAAACUGUCAAGGGAUGGGUGCCUUACUUGAGAAGUGUUGCAGCUUGAUUAAAGACUUUCGGGGGGAGGUGGGUGUUUUGGAGGAGAUGAAAGCAUAGAUGGGGGUUGAACUCAGACAGACAGAUGGCAACUGACAAUGUUUUCGGGGAAGAGGGACGCCCAAUUAAUAGGUGGCAGCUUUGACAGAUGAGAUGCCGAUGCUUGUGUUUGUGUGUGUGCGUGUGAGCUAAUGAAAUCUGUUGAUAAAAAUAAAAUAAAAAGUGAUUUUUAUUUUGGCACAUAACCUUUUUGUGAAACACUGCUGUAUGAUGCUUUUAUGCAGUACUCUAUUAAUAAAAUAUGUAUUAAGAAUUUCUCUUGUUUGUGCCUGUUUUUGUUUCAACUUGAAAUUCUUGUAUUCUAUUGGAAUGUUUGUAGCAUUCCAUCAUGUGUAGUGUUUUCCUGUUAACUAUGGGGUGAGGGCGAUUGCUUUGCCUCUUAUUGUCCUCUUUCAGUUCAAAAUCAAAAAAGUGACUGACAGGAAAUGCAUGUUUAUGGCUGAUUUCCUUUUUUGUUUCUUGUUUUGUACUUGGCUGCCUCAGACUAAGUCUUUUUUUUCUUACACAGACUCAACACCGAGAAACAAUUUAGUGCACAAUUACGCCAGGACAGGGCUUCCCUACAGCCAAAAAUAUUUACUUAAAGUGUACUCAAUGUAAACCUUUCAUUAAAAUUGAAUUUUACAACAUUUUUUUUAUUUUACUUGCAAAUAAUAGAGCAAUUUAAUUUGUAUUAGGUUCAAGACAGUUUUGAUUUUAUACAUUCAUUAUAAAAAAUAAUAUUGUUUUAUUUAAAUGUAAAUAAAAUGUAUCAUUAUAAAUAUGCCUACAUUUAUUAAUUAAAAAUGAACAACCGACAUAUGCAGAUAAAUAAAAAUAAAAAACUAUGAAUUAAAAAAUU